AUGGACCGCUUGAACCUAAAAAUCAUAUUUGAGAAGUCGAAAUUAUAUUUUCAGGUGACGGAUACUGCAUCCAAAGAGAAGAAGUUCAUUGUACGCGGAUAUUACCGAUGCACCUUCCAUGACGACAUUCUGCAGGAAACAAAGUCGACUGCUGCAUCAGGUCUCAAGUUGAAAUGUGUUGGAGGUGGCAGAAUCAAACACGAUGAUUCUGGAAAGGAUAUUCUUGUGUAUGGAUAUUCUCAGGGCUACGGUCGUGCAGAUCAUCAGAUUGCGGUUGACAUUUUGAAGCAGAAGUAUACCGAUUAUCACAUUGAUUUCUCCAACGACGGAUACUGA